AUGGGGAGGAUCAAGAAGGCCGCCACCGAGCGGCAUACGGCAACGCUGUCACCCUUCGUUGCGAACUUCGUCAAGCACGCUACACAAAUUCCGCUCCAUGAGCUGCCAGCACAUCUGAACAGCUUCCCACAGCACUGGCCGCUCCCGAGAGGCGACCUCUAUCACUGGAUACCACUGCUGGAUCGUUUCGAUCAUCUGCUGGAGCUAUUCAACAAGGAGUAUGGAUUGCAUGAAGGGCCACAAACGCAGCAAUUCGGUCGGCGGUUACUGGAGAAGGGCGAUGCCGAGGCAGGCAUGCCAUAUCCUUCGGGAGGAGUUGGAGUUGAAGAGCUUGAUGCCGCGAAAUACUCUGCAGAAGGCGACAGGGAGCUUGUCGAAGUUGUGUUGCACUUCACGCGGAUACUGCUGGAGCAUUGUGGCAAUCGCAGCUUAUACAGCAGCAGCGCACACAUCAAUAACCUUCUGCACACCACCUCGCUGAGUCUACUACAGCUCUGCUUGAAGCUCGGUCUUCGGCUGGCUCAGCGAUACCAGGUGGCUCGCUACAAGAACCAUCAUCCAAGCGCUCAGGCUGUUCUACUCGCCAACCACUAUGCGUUCAACUUCGACAACUUGCACAAGAUCGCCAUGCCAUUCCCAAGACCGUCAAUGGCGCCUGCAUUGCCCAAUCAGACCCCGGCCAAGGGCAAAGACAAGGUCACACAAGCUUCACAACUGAACACCUCGGAUCUGGUAUCGAUUGCAAAGGACACACCGUCUCCCGCAGUCAUCAAGGACAUGUCUACCGUGAUCAUCACGUACUAUGAUCAACCCUCGGCUCCCUCUGCUGUUGACACACCGGAAGAUCCAUCAGAAUCUCUACCUGUGACUCCGACACCGGCACGUAGGACGUCCAAUCUCGGACCAUCGCGGGACCGACCUUCACCAGGCGAGAGAAGCAACAGUGCAAAUGACGUUUCAUCCACCCCAGUCAAGUCGCGUGAGACAGACGCUGCUCCGUCCAACGCACCGAAGUCAUUCACCAUUCCCGCCGAGGAAGUUGCAGCAAAGCCCGCGUGGUCACUGAUUGCGGACGCCUUGCCCAAUUUACCGAAUGACCUGCGUUACGACCUGCUCCACCGAGUACGAAUCGCAAAGUCGUACGCCACCGCCGAGACGAGCAACCAGGAGUUGCUGGAAGUGCGCCUCCUCGCGAUUGCAAAUCUGGCUUUCGCCCACAAUGAGAGCAAAUUUCAAGAGAAGGUUGGCAUACCUGAUGCUGAGGAGCCGAGACGUUUCCAUCUGGCUCAGCAGCUUUGCGAUUUGCUGCAGCCCGCUACAAGUGUACAGACCGCCCUCACGCUACAAUCCGAGACGGCCGUCAUCCUCACUCUCGAAGCUUUGACAAAGAGCAGACACAAAGUGGGCGAAGUUGCAGACGCGCUCGCAGUUACCGUCAAUCACGGAGCGUUGUACUACGAACUGCGCAAAGUCAUUGCCACGCUCAGCGAACCCGAGGAAUCUUCCAGCCAGCGAGAACUUCAGCAAAGCGAAUGGCGCGACGCCACUUUUGAUCUAGUCAACAGCUUGCUGGGAGCCAAUCAUCAGGCCAGGUAUGCCGAAAAGAUGGUGGCCGCGGGCAUCAUGGGAGUGCUCAUUGAAGGCUUGACAUUGCGCACCGCCCGCGCUGAGAGAUUUCAUGAGAAGAUUCUACAGUUCUUUGACAGCUUCAUUCAUGGUAUCCCGACCGCUUUCCAGACCUUGGCAAACGUCAAAGGAUUGGACAUCAUCGCGGACUUGACGAGCUUUGAGGUCACAGCUGCUCUCGAGACCGCACGCAAUGGCAAGGGUUUGCCCAAAGACUAUAAGUCCAAGGUCGUCGACUAUGAGAUUCCGUUCUACCAGCAAUCAACCCUACGUCAGUUGUUCAAGAAUACUGUCCACAUGUUUGAGCACAACGCGGGCACUCACGACCGGCUGCUGCGAAACCUUAUCGACACGCCUCAGAUCCUUGGAGCACUUCGCAUGGUCAUUGAGAAUGCGUCCAUCUUUGGUUCGAACGUAUGGACCGGCGCUUUGAACAUUGUCAGCAGCUUCAUUCACAACGAACCAACCAGCUAUCAAGUAAUCGGCGAAGCCGGCCUGAGCAAAGGCUUUCUGGAAUCCAUCACCGAGGCUCAGAUUCCUGAAGAAUUGCCUGCACUCGACGGGUUCAAGCCUUUGACAGAGACUCAAUACCUUGACAUGGACGAGAAUGGCGAUCCUGUGUUCCCAACUGCAGCCGGCAUUUUAUCUGUAGGCGAAGUGAUGUGCGAUAUUCCCACCGCGUUUGGAGCUAUCUGCCUGAAUGAGUCUGGGAUGCAGCUUUUCCAAGCCUCAGGCGCGCUGGUGAAGUUCUUUGACAUCUUCCUUUCUCCAGCUCACGUUCGCGCCAUGGAAGACGAGGGAUCCACGGCCGCCACAAUUGGGCAAUCUUUCGAUGAGCUGUCAAGACAUCAGCCUCGUCUCAAGGACCAGAUCAUGGCUGCGGUCUUCAACAUGCUUCGACGCCUGAAGCAGCUCUGCGAAGUGCUUGCAGUGCAAAAGCGUUCAGGUGCCAAACUCUGGGAAGCCGUUGAUGGCAAGAUGACCAAAUUCGCCCCUUUCGCGGAAUCCGAACCGAUCGAAGCCCACGAACUUGAGGAUCAAAACGAACGUGCUCCCGCCGUUCCCUUUCUAAGCACUUGCUUCAAGUUUCUCGAAGGAUUUCUCCACAAUACCAACAUGUGCGCCCUAUUUUGUGAGGAGUCUGGCGCUGAGUUGAUCCUCGACCUUGCGACCACUCCCAGUAAUCCGUACGACCUGGUUGCGUUUCCUCUCUUCGGCAAGAUUACGCAGGUGCUCAAGCUGAUGGGGGAGUCGAGGUCUCAUCUUGUUCUACCGAGCUUAAUCAGACGCACGCAGUACUCCCUGCUUGGCCUGAAAGGUCUGAUGGAAAACACCGAAAAGUCCAGCGCGUUCAGCAAAUUCGAGCAAACCGAAGGCGGAUCUGUAUCUCAACUGGGAGUGGAUGGCACGACUGUCGUCAAGUCGCUCCUCAACGCACACCUCCUCACACACGUUCUUGGCCGUACGCUGGCUCCGCCUCCCUACAGUCUUCGCCACGGAAACCAGAACAACCAUCUGUUCUUGAACCUCAACUUCACAGAUGUCUACGUCGAGCUCAUUAAAGAUUUGAGCAAGCUCCACGCGACAUGUCUUUGGGAGAACUUGUUUUUCCAGCGCAUGCUGCCCGAGAAGAUCAAGACGCAGACAGAGCCCCGCCCCUUCAUCAUGCGCCGCAUCGAUGCGAACGGAGUGGUUGAAGUCGCAGCGGAGAAGUCAACAGACUCAUCACAAAAGGACAGCAGCGACAACAUCAAGACAAUCCGAUACCUCCUCAGCCAAGUGCCUUAUGGAAUCGAGUCUUUCUACCAUUCACUUGGUCAAGCAAUCGUGACGAAGCGCUGCGAGCCUGCAUCGAAACAACACGCGAUCUAUGUUGCGGAACAUUUGGCGAACGCUGCAAUCUGGGAGCUCGAAUUCCGCAGAAGUCCUCCAGGUGAGGACGGAAUGGACACCAAGUACAUUGCACAAAUGUUGGUCAUCAUCGGUCGAAUGAUGCUUCGGAAUUCGUACUCCAUGGAGUCAUUCGGCACGAAAGAGGCUCUCACUCUGGUCUUGACUAAGUUCUACAUCGCUGGGGGGUUUGAGAAGCUCAACUCCUACCUCGACCACUUUGUGCAGACCCUCGCGAACAAGUCCGAGGAUGAGAAGGUGGACCAGCCGGUGAAGGAUGCCAUUCAAGCGAUACUGUCCUUCUAUACCCAAGUGGUUCGUUCCAAAUGCAUCAACGAUGCCUCGCAGACAAAUCUCAUCCUUCUGAGAGAUAGAACGCAACCGGACUUCUUCCAGCCAGGUCAGUUUCUUGUCGAGAUUCGACAUGCAGUGCUCCCGGCGGUAAGCAAGAUUUGGCACUCGCAAGAACUUGAAAAGUUCGCCGAUACCAACCUCAAGGUCGUGGUCGACAUACUUCGCUGCAUUCUCAAGGCAGAGGGUGAAGACCGUGCCCUGAAGCGCAGUGAGAAGGCAAGCCGGCGAGUGCUGGCGCAUACUCCCGAAUUCAAACUUCGCAAUCUGGACGGUCUCGAUAGACUGAAGAAUCUCGGGUUUGACUUGACACUCAGCCGUGAAGCUUUGUACCGAUGCAACAAUCACAGCAGCAACGCCGAGGGCUACGUGCGUCUCAGACUUAAGGACAGCCAUUCUCCGAGAUUUGCAGUUCCCCAAGGCGAGCCUGCUCCAAAUGAUGCAGCCCCCGCACCUUCGUCGAGCUCAGGACCCGACAUUGAGAUGCCGCCUGCAGAUGAACAGCCCUCUGCACAAGUACCAACUGCUUCGGCGGCAGGAGGUGCCCUAGCUCGAGUAGCAGCAACGCUCGAUCCAAGCGGGUCAAUGCAUACUCUGCUCACUCUGGAUAGCGACAUGAUGUCUGAUGACGACAAUCCGGGCACCCUCGGCGCAUUGCCGCCUGACAUGAGGGCCCAGGAUCUCGCCAGCUUGACGGACCCGCGAACGUUAGAGGUCUUGGGUCAAUUGCGCCCAUCUCUGCCAGCGCGAGACACGCAGCAACUCUUCGUCACCAUUGAUGACCUGGAUGAUGAGCGUACGCUCCUUCGCAAUGAUCUCAUCGACCAUUGUCUCGAAGUUCUCAGCAAUCAACCCUCCCUAACCUUUGAGCUCGCGGACUUGAUUCAGGCCGCGGUAGCGAAGGCUGGCGAAGGUGCAAAUCCACGUGCUGAAAUCGGCGCGACAUUGGUGUCAUCACUGAUGUCGUUGCAAGGCGAGGAGCCAACCAAGGAGUCCGGGCUCAAGAUUCAAGCAUACGCACACCUGGUCGCACUGAUUCUCCAAGACCGUGACUUCUUUGACUCUACGCUGGAUGAGCUCAAGGAGUACUUUGAGAACUUUGUGGCUUGGGUCCAGCUGGGAUCAGAUCAAAAAGCAGAAGAUGCCCCCUGGAUUCGGACCGUCCUGCUCAUUAUUGAGCGAGUCCUUGCCGAGGACGAACAGCCCGUCGAAGUCACCUGGAGCCCACCUUCUGCCGAGGACCCGCUCAAGCCUUUGCCUGCACUAGAAGUUGCCGAGCCGGUUGUCGCGCCAGAGAUUCGGUCGCAACUCUUCGACGCCUUGAUCGAUCUGCUGCCCAAAGUUGGCAAGGACGCUUCUCUGGCACUCUCCGUCUGCCGAGUGCUCACCAUUCUCACCCGGCGACGUGAGCUCGCGGCUCGCCUCAGCGAGAAAUACACCCUGGGUCGCCUUUUUUUGAUGACCAGACAGCUGGCAGGUGCGGUCGACGAGAAGCUGCAAGGCUCUUUCAUGCUCAUUCUGCGACACAUGGUCGAAGACGAUGGAGUCAUGCGUCAGAUUAUGCGAGCCGAGAUCAGAACCAUCUUCGAGAACCAUCGUUCUUCUCGCCCAAUGGACACGACCGCGUACAUUCGGCAUCUGUACCACUUGGUCCUUCGCAGUCCUGAAGUCUUUGUCGAGGUCACGCAAGAGUUGCUUGAGAUCACACGCUACGAUGGACAUCCUCAUCGAGCUCAAUGCCUCGCACUUAAAAAGGAGCCGCCGGUCACUGCAAGCGAACCAACUGACGUGGUUUCUGAUCAAUCUGCGCCGACCGAGGAUGUCUCCGCGGCGCCCAAGUCUUCCGAAGCAAGACCACCGCCGAUCACAGAUUCGACGGAUGGUGUCAUUCAAUUCUUGUUGCGCGAGCUAUCCAACUUCAAGGACGUGGAAGACAAGCCUGUGGCUGUUGCAAAGGAGAGCCAGAACGAGAAGUCAGCAGCAGAAACUCCUUCGGCCGAUGUAGAGAUGUCGGACGCGGGAGCAAGCAGUAAUGCUCUCGACGGAUCAUCCGCUGCAGCGACUGCAUCGGCCGACACGAAGAACAACACCAAGCCAGCCUUCAAACCUGAGGAUCACGCUAUCUACAUUUAUCGCUGUUUUGUGCUACAGUGCUUGGCUGAGCUCCUAGCCUCGUACAAUCGCACCAAGGUCGACUUCAUCAAUUUUUCCCGCAAGUCAGAUGCCAAUCCGUCGACGCCAAUGAAGCCUCGCGCCGGCACUUUGAACUACCUCCUCAACACACUUCUUCCAGCCGGUACUUUGGAGCAUCGAGAUGAUAUGGCCCAUCGCAAGAGAAUUGCAACAUCACACUGGGCUACGCAGGUCCUCGUGUCGUUGUGUACGAAGACCCAAGAGCGACAUCUCAGCAACGCGCAAUCCAGCGACCCAACGACGUUCCCCGAGCACGAGCCCGACCUCACAUUUGUCCGCAAGUUUGUGCUUGAGCAUGCUCUCCGCGCUUUCAAAGACGCCACAACGUCCGCAGAGCCUCUCGAUCAGCGGUACUCUAGACUUUUGGCUCUUGGAGAACUCUUCAACAAGAUGCUCAACGGCAAGGUCGACUUUCAGAGAACUUCGGCCCAGAACACCAGCAAUUGGACCUCUCAUCAGCACAUGGGUCGAUUGAUGUACGAGAAGAAUUUCAUCGGCACGCUGACUUCAGCAAUCGCCGAGCUCGAUCUCAACUUUCCGAACGCUAAGAGGGCUGUCAAGUACAUCCUGGGCCCCUUGAAGCAGCUCACUGAGCUUGGAAUCCAUCUCAGCCAAACGAUGGAUAUCUCCUCGUCCAGCGGCAUUCCGACGAGUGCAGACGAAGAUGACAUCUCCUCUGCCACAUCGGUCUCUGGAGACGAAGAUGACGACCGCGAACAGACGCCCGAUCUCUUCCGUGGCUCUUCACUCGGCAUGUUCGAAUCCGGCGCUGGCGAGGACGAUGACGAUUCGGAUGAUGACGAAGAGGACGACGAUGAGGAGAUGUACGAUGACGGGUACGAUGAUGAGAUGGAGUACGAGGAAGAGAUGACGGCCGAUCAUGGCGAGGUCGUUAGUGACGACGACGAUGACAUCCAUGGCAUGGGUGAAAUCGAAGGUGUGCCUGGCGAUGUCGAAAUGGAAGUCGACAUUAUCGACGAGAACGAGGAUUCUGAUGAUUCCUCUGACGAUGAUGAAGACGAGGACGAUGACGAUGAAGACGAUGACGAUGAUGACAUUGAUCAGGACGUCGAAUUCGAGGAUCACAUGGAGGAAAUCACAGGAGAUGAUGACAAUGCAUCUCUGGGCGAUCACGAUGAUGAGGGAUGGGAGGAUGACGGUCUCGAGUUCGAGGCUCACGAAGUUGACGAUCCUUCCGACCACGACGAUCCCGAUGGUCUCGUUCGUCUCGACAUGGGUGGCGGCGACGAGGAGUUCUUCGAGGAUGAAAUGGCACCGGACGAUGAGGAGGACGACGAGGGCGAAGAGUAUGGAGAAGAUAUCGUCUAUGAGCCCGAGCUCGAAGACGAAGAAGAUGACGAGCAGGAUGGCGGCUGGACAUGGGACGCGCAGCCUCCGACAGCCAUUUUGCGUGGCCAUGGCCAUCACCACCAUCAUCACCACCACCGGGGCUUCAACGAGAUGCUCGGAAUGAUGGGUGAUCAUCUUCGGCCAGCAGGCCACUUCCGAACACAUCGCGCGACCCCAAACUCUCGUGACGAAGAUGGUGUCAACCCACUGCUUCAGAGAGACGGCGGCGCUGCUGCUGCGAACCGCGAGCGCGAACUCGAGGCUCUGGGUGGUCGCGUUCCUGGUCGCCGUGCAUACGUUCACCGUGGUGGCGGUGACAAUUUCCUCCAGAGUCUUGUGAAUGCUGUGGGUCCUACAGCUGGCGGCGUCAUCAACGUCAACGUCGAUCCUGGUGCCGCGUUUGGCAUGCCUGGAGCAAAGAUUUUGCCCGGUCGUCUCAAUGAUCGCGCCGCGGCUGGAAACGAGGAAGCACAAGCCGUUGAGUUUCGACCAUCUCAAACUUCAGUCCGGUGGCAAGAGGAAGCCCGUAUGCUGUUCGCUGGCAAGUUCCAGGAAAAGGCCACUCGCAUCCUCAACAUGCUCUUCCGCGCGCUUAUCCCGAAUGCAAUGGAAGCCAGAAGAGUUCGGGAGAAGGAAGAGGCUGAGCGUCGGGCCAAGGAGGAGAAAGCGGCAGAGGCAGCCCACAAGCUCGCAGAGGCGGAGAGAAUUGAGCGUGAAGCCAAGGAGAAGCUCGAGCGCGAGGAACGCGAAGCGAAGGAGCGUGAAGAAGCCGAAAUGCGUGCCGCUGAACUUGCAGCACGGACUGACACUGAGGACGCGACCACCGACAUGGAAGGCGUUGUUCAGGGCUCAGAAGCUCAAUCAGCUGAUGCGGCGGCGCCGGAGGCCGAAGAGGAGCCCGCCGAGCGAGUGACAAUCACCAUCCACGGCCGUGUCAUUGACAUUACCAGUCUCGGCAUCGAUCGUGAGUACAUCGAAGCACUCCCAGAGGACAUGCGCGAGGAAGUGAUUGCGGCUCAGUUCGCAGAGCAGCGCAAUCAAGCGGCACGAUCAGGCCAGGCCCCAACUGAGCUUGAUCCCGAGUUCCUUGAAGCACUACCGAGAGAGCUCCAGCAGGAGCUACUGCGCCAAGAGCAAGCGGACCGUCGUCACCGCGAGCGUGACGAGGCACGUCGACGGGCAGCUCAGGAUGGUGGAGGUGCGGCGGCCGCACCUGCUGUUCUUCCGCAAGAAAUGAACAAUGCAGAUUUCAUGGCCAUGCUGGACCCGGCUUUGAGACAGGCUGUGCUCAUGGACACUGACGAAGACACUCUCGCAGCGCUUCCCGAAGCUGUCCAACGUGAAGCCCGCGCUCUGAUGGGAGAUCGUGGAGCACCGCGUGGUGAGCAGGCCGCUCGACUAGGUCGAGGCCUGGAAGCUGCGACCGCACUCAGCAGGCAACGCCGCCCAAUUGCUCAGAUGCUGGACAAGUCGGGCAUUGCCACGCUCCUCCGCCUUAUGUUUGUCUCUCUCAACAGCAAGAGCAAGACGAAUCUUCAUGGCAUUCUCUCGGACGUGUGCAAGAACACCCAGAAUCGUGCAGAAGUCAUCAGCAUCCUGCUAUCCAUUCUGCAGGACGGUACUGCCGAUGUCAGCGCUGUCGAGAGGAGCUUUGCUCAGUUGUCCCUGCGAGCAAAGCAGCCUUCUGCCGCAAAGACUCCUCAACCAUUGAAGCGCAGCCUUACAGGGCAGCAAAACUUCACUGCGAGCACCGAGCUAUCUCCGCUGAAUAUUGUUCAGCAAUGCUUAGGCACUCUCAACGCCCUGUCAAACGACAACCCUCGCGUGCCAUCGUUCUUCCUCAACGAGCAUGAGACAAUUGCAAGCCAAAAGGCCAAGUCGGUCAAGAAGGGAAAGGGCCGUGAGACCAAAGCCGCGAAAUUCCCACUCAACGCCUUGCUCACCCUGCUGGAUCGCAAGCUCAUUACUGAGAAUACCGCGGUGAUGGAGACGCUGGCAUCUCUGUUGAGUCAUGUCACUCACCCUCUCACCAUCCUGCUUCGACGAGCCAAGGAGGCGCGAGACGCUGAGAAAGCCGAGGCCAACAAGGAUGAAGAAGCGAGCGAGCGUCCCCAGACUGAAGAUUCGGACGUGCCAAUGCAAGAGCUGUCUGCCGCCGAGCCCGCGGAACAGGACAGCGCAACUGCUGAACCUGUCGUGGCUGAACAGGAGUCAAAGGAAAAGAGCACGGAGAACAAGAAGAAGCACCGCGAUCUCACUCCGCCCGAGGUGCCCGAGGAGAACAUUCGCCUUGUUGUCAACAUCUUGGCCGCUCGUGAAUGCCCAAGCAAGACCUUCAGCGACACGCUCGACAUCAUCAAGAACCUCUCAGCCAUCCCGGGUGCCAAGGAAGUGUUCGGGAAGGAGCUCAUUCGUCAAGCACAGGAGCUCGGGCAGACACUGCUUGAGGAUCUUGAAGAGCUUGCCAAGCAAAUCGACGCUGCAGAGACCGGCACUGAACUUCAAGGUCUGGCAUUGGCGAGCUUCUCAUCUGCAGGAUCGAAGCAGAGGAAGCUACUGCGCGUUCUUGUUGCGCUCGACCACCUAUUCGAUCCCAAGCGAAUGCCUCCUGCUUCGGCGGCGUCCCCUUCAAGCAGCGACGGCGAUCGCAAACUCAAAGAGGACAUCCUGCCCACAUUGUACGAGAGCGCCACAUUCGGGAAGAUGUGGAACAGUCUCAGUGCAUGCCUCACCGCCAUCCGGCUCCGCGGCAACAUGGUCAACGUGGCAACUAUCCUGCUUCCUUUGAUCGAAUCCUUGAUGGUUGUCUGUCGGAACAGCACUUUGAAGGAUGCCAAAGAGGCCGUCACAGGCCCUGCGUCUCCCGCUGAGGUGGGCACGCCUGUUCCCGCAGCACGCAUGGAGGGCUUGUUCUUCAACUUCACCAACGAACACCGCAAGAUUCUCAACGAGCUGAUUCGGAACAACCCCAAGCUGAUGAACGGCAACCUUUCUGUGCUCGCAAAGAACUCCAAGGUCCUUGAGUUCGAUAACAAGCGCAGCUACUUCAGCCGCAAGCUUCACGACCGUCGUACCGAAGUUCGUGUCGCGCAUCCCUCUCUUCAGCUCAGCAUUCGACGUGACCAAGUCUUCCUGGACUCGUUCAAAUCCCUCUACUACAAGAGCGGAAAUGAGAUCAAGUACGGAAAGCUCAAUAUUCGCUUCAUCGGCGAGGAAGGUGUCGAUGCUGGUGGAGUCUCACGCGAGUGGUUCGCUGCCAUGGCGCGGCAAAUGUUCAAUCCGGAUUACGCCCUUUUCAACCCUGUCGCCUCGGACCGCACGACCUUCCACCCGAACACUCUCAGCGAGGUCAACCCUGAGCAUCUGAUGUUCUUCAAGUUCAUUGGCAGGAUCAUCGGAAAGGCGCUUUACGAGAACCGUGUUCUCGACUGCCAUUUCAGCCGAGCCGUCUACCGUCGCAUUCUCGGCAAGUCGGUCUCGCUCAAGGACAUGGAGACGCUCGACCUGGACUACUACAAGUCACUGGUGUGGAUUCUCGAGAACGACAUCACCGAUGUCACCUUUGAGACAUUCUCCGUCGAUGUCGACAAGUUUGGUGUGACCGAGACUGUUGAUCUCAUCUCCAAUGGCCGCAACAUCCCCGUCACCGAGGAGAACAAGCACGAAUACGUUCGCCACGUCGUCGAUUACCGCCUCGUCACAUCCGUGAAGAAUCAGCUCGACAACUUCCUACAAGGCUUUCACGAGAUUAUCCCUGCCGAGCUGGUGUCCAUCUUCAACGAGCAAGAGCUCGAGCUGCUCAUAUCCGGUCUGCCGGAUAUUGACGUCGAUGACUGGAAGAACAACACCGACUACACCAACUACCAGCCUACGUCGCCACAAAUCCAGUGGUUCUGGCGAGCGGUCCGCAGCUUCGACAAGGAGGAGAAGGCCAAGUUGUUGCAGUUCGUAACGGGUACGAGCAAAGUCCCGCUUAACGGCUUCAAGGAGCUGGAGGGCAUGAAUGGAUUUUCCAAGUUCAACAUCCAUCGAGACUACAGCAACAAGGAGAGGUUGCCGUCGAGCCAUACCUGCUUCAAUCAACUCGACUUGCCAGAGUAUGAGAGCUACGAGGCGCUACGACAUCAGCUGUACACCGCCAUCACUGCGGGCAGCGAGUAUUUCGGAUUUGCGUAA